AUGGCACUGCACAAUGUCCCGGGCUAUCGGGUAGCAACCUACUGCGAGUUUGGCCAGCCUGAGACCCUUGGUACUGUGGACAUGGGCGACUUCUUCCAGAUUACUCUUAUUAGCCUAGUCAAAGACGGAAUCGAUCGUAUUUAUCAUGCAACGAUCCGGGGCCCAGACACCAUUGCAAGCCCAAUCAGUGGCUCGUCUACGGAAAACCACUACAUCGCAUUCACCAAUGGAGACCAUACGACCGCCUACCUGGGCUACCUGUUCCUACAACGAGCCAUACCAAUCCGAGUUUGGUGA